AUGCCCUUUCGCGCUAAGGAACUUGAAGGGCUGCAGCUGCGAAGCAGCAACGAGUCCUGGGCUGACAUGACUGAAGAGGUCCGGGUGUGUAGACACAAACGAUUGGACCAGCAACGGCGUCAAGCUAGUACUUUUUACUUAUCGACCACCUUGCGUUUAGCUUGCCAUUUGUUGGAAGAGUUCAAGGUAUUCUUCGAGGUCAAGCGAGAGAUCUGCCGGGAGAUAUGCCGGGCGCAGCCACUCUAUGACGCUUGGAAGGAGGCCGCCCGCUACAAGCCAGGACAGGGAGACGGACCAACCGAGGGGGUUGGCAUGGCGAGCUUCAUUGCGGAGGAUCCAGCAGGUUACUCCAACAUGAAACAGUGGGUCCUCGCCAUCUGGUGCUGCACUGAUUUAAAGGAUUUCUAG